AUUACGUAAUGCCACGGCGGCCGAAGCGGUUCCGCUGACUGGUGUUUGCGCGGCGGCGAGCGUCUACCAGUGCUGCCUGCUCCGCUCCGGCGCUCGCCACCCCGGCCCCGAGUCCAGCUGCGGCCGGGCCGCCGUCUGAACAUGGACUCUGCUGGCCAAGAUAUCAACCUGAAUUCUCCCAACAAAGGUCUGCUGCCCGACGCCAUGACGGACGUCCCUGUCGACACAGUGGGGGCCGCCCCGACGCCAGCUGCCGAGGGUCUGACGGAAGCGGAGGAGGAGGAGCUCAGGGCCGAGCUCGCAAAGGUGGAAGAGGAGAUCGUCACUCUGCGCCAGGUGCUGGCAGCCAAGGAGCGGCACUGCGGAGAGCUGAGGCGGAAGCUCGGCCUGUCGGCCCUGGAGGGCCUGAAGCAGAACCUGACCCGCAGCUGGCACGACGUGCAGGGCUCUCCCGCCUAUGUGAGGACCUCCGAGACGCUCGGGGAGUGGAGCGAGCGAGUGACCCAGUCGGACCUCUACAAGAAGACGCAGGAGACCCUCUCUCAGGCGGGACAGAAGACAUCGGCUGCCCUGUCCACGGUGGGCUCGGCCAUCAGCAGGAAGCUCGGGGACAUGAGGGCCCGUCCGUUUCCUCCCUCCUUUAGCGGCUACUCCAUCCGCCACUCGAUAAGUAUGCCCGCCAUGAGGAAUUCUGCCACCUUCAAGUCGCUGGAGGACCGAGUUGGGACCAUAAAGUUGAAGGUGGCGGGCGGCAGCGAGAACGGCGGUGACGGCCUUCCCUCCCCGGCCGGGAGUGGCGACAAGCCCCUGCCCAGCCACGAGCCCUUCUAAGCCCGAAGCCGCUCUGCUGCCACUGAGCCAGCGUGGGGCCCUCUCCCCGGCGGGCGCCCCCCCCCCCCCCCGUGCGGCAGAGCGGCAGCGCUGCGGAGGACGCGUGGAGCAGCAUUGAGGACAGUCGUGCCACCCACGUGUGCGUGGGCCGCUGCACCGCGUGUCCGAGGGACGGUCCGGUGCCCAGAUGCUUCUCACUAAAGCCGUCAGGUGCCGCGGACCGCUGUGCGUCCUCCUGGGGGCGGGGCGUGGGCGGGGCGGGCGGAGCAGCGCCCCCCUGUGGCGGCCUUGUCGGUUCAUCAGCGCGCGCCCCCGCCCCCGGAGGAAGAGCGGCCGAUGGCACAGCUGGUGGCGCGUGAACCCCGCCUUCCCCGCGUGGCGUCCAGAAGCCCGACCGGCCCGCGGGCGCCCCUCGGAAUGCUGAGCGAGGAGCGCGUCCACCUCCCGAAACCCUCCACAAAGACGCCGGCUGUCAGCAGCCUCCUGGUGGUUACACUAAUGACCCAGCUUUAACUAAAGCAAAUCCUUUAUUUUUUCAAUGCAGCGGGUUUUUCAAAAUGUAAAACUAAGCAAAGCAGCUUUAGCCUGGUAGUUAGAGAAUAUUAUCUGGACUCGAGCUGAAAUACAAGCCUUAUACUCCCUCA